CACAGAGCCAAACCAGCUAGGGCUCCGGUGCUAGUCUUGUUGGUGAUUUUAUCUUUGUGCAAACAGCUGCCCCGUGGCCAGCCUUCCAGGGUGGGGAGGGACGUGUGUGGGAAGUGUGGCUGUACCUCGACUCGGAAAACACUGGACUCUGCGUGUUUAGGGCUUAGAGGGGAUGGGUCACAGAUUUCAGGGUGGAGGCAAGCCUCCACUUACUUUCCUGCUUUCCAAAAUUACCUCUCUAGCCAUCGAUGAGUACAAGCCACAGGAUGCCACCACCAACCCCUCCCUGAUCCUGGCAGCUGCGCAGAUGCCCGCCUACCAGGAGCUGGUGGAGGAGGCGAUCGCCUACGGCCAGAAGCUGGGCGGGUCACAAGAGGAACAGAUUCAAAAUGCUAUUGACAAACUUUAUGUGCUGUUUGGAGCAGAAAUACUAAAGAAGAUUCCAGGCCGUGUGUCCACAGAAGUAGAUGCGAGGCUCUCCUUUGACAAGGACGCCAUGGUGGCCCGAGCCAAGCACCUCAUCGAGCUCUACAAGGCUGUCGGGGUCAGCAAGGACCGGAUUCUGAUAAAGCUGUCGUCCACCUGGGAAGGAAUUCAGGCUGGAAAGGAGCUAGAGGAGCGACACGGCAUCCACUGCAACAUGACGCUGCUCUUCUCCUUCGCCCAGGCCGUGGCCUGCGCCGAGGCGGGCGUGACACUCAUCUCCCCCUUUGUGGGGCGCAUCCUCGACUGGCAUGUGGCCAACACAGACAAGAAAUCCUAUGAGCCUCAGGAGGACCCUGGAGUGAAGAGUGUCACCAAGAUCUACAACUACUAUAAGAAGUUUGGCUACAAGACCAUUGUCAUGGGCGCCUCCUUCCGCAACACGGGCGAGAUUAAGGCACUGGCCGGCUGUGACUUCCUCACCAUCUCACCCAAGCUCCUGGGGGAGCUGCUCAAGGACAACAGCAAGCUGGUGCCUACACUCUCAGCCAAGGCUGCCCAGGCCAGUGACCUGGAGAAGAUCCACCUGGACGAGAAGGCCUUCCGCUGGCUGCACAAUGAGGACCAGAUGGCCGUGGAGAAGCUUUCGGAUGGGAUCCGGAAGUUUGCUGCCGAUGCCGUGAAGCUGGAGCGGAUGCUGGCGGACCGAAUGUUCAGCACAGAGAAUGGAAAAUAGCCCAAGGCCGGGCCACAGAUGAGUGUUGGCUUUGAAUUUGGGUCUGAUUACACAUCUGGUGACUAAUCAUUUUUUACCGCUGGGAGCAGGGACAGAUCAUAGAUUUCCGAUUUUAUGUAACUUUGCCUAAUGCAUUAAAGCAGUCAUGUUUUC